UGUCCAACCACUGCGCCCGCCUGAUUCAGUGUGUCUCGCUGUUCCAUCUGCUAAGGCUGAGACGUUCAGCAAACCAUUCGGCAACGUCUUUGACGGUACAGCACCACCCAUGGCCAACGUUUUGAAUGGCCUCUUUGGAGGCGGCAAGUCGUCCGAGACGCCUUUGCCCAGCGCGGACUCUGACUUUGCAGACUUCGCGGGUGCUCCUGACCCAGUCCCAACCGACACGCCUACACCGCUGGGAUCCGGCGCCGCCCCGGCGGCCGCUACACCGGCGAUCGCCAGCCAGUGGUACGAGGUGCACAAGCGGCACACGAUCGACGAGUUCAAGUUCGAAGGCCUCAUCCUCGGCAUCGGCCUCGUCCUCUUCAUGAUCCACCUGGUCGGCGCCCGUCUCAACCGGAACCGCGCCAAGGCCUGGGCCAAGGCGAACGCACCGGUGCUGAAGCGCGAGUUCGCGUCGGUGGGCUUCUCGGGCCUGCCCACCAUGGACGCGGCGGCAGCGGCCGGGGACGACGAUGUCACCACGGGCGUGCUGAAGGAGAAGUCGCUCUUCCAGUUCGCGUCGUACGCCAGCGGGCGCCAGAACGUCGCGUUUGUCGACGUCGACCUCACGCUCGUCCGGCGCUUCAACCCCAUGCUGCCCCUCGCCGAGACGGUGCUGAGCUUCUUCUGGGAGUCCAUGGCGGCGCCGCGCGACGUGGUGGAGGCCGUGCUGUACCCGUUCGACGGCAAGGAGUCGCUCGCCGUGCCCGCCGUCCCGGGCACGCACGAGCUGCGCAGCAAGGAGGGCAAGAGCGCGUUUGACGGGUUCGUCUGGGCCAUUGUGUCCAAGGAGCGCAUGAAGGAGCUCCGUGAGGAGCGCUACGACCUCUCCAUCACCUUCACCAAGGACAACAGCAAGCUCCCCAACUGGGUUUCCGUCAUGAGCGAGAGCGCUGAGAUUACCGAGCAGCUCCUGACGCCGGAGCUCAUCAAGGCUGUUGAGGCGGCCGGCGAUGCUUUUGAGUACCUCGUCAUUUCUGACCAGCCUGUGGAGAAGCCCAAGACCGUCGAAGAGGCCACGACGGCCCGCAAGCGCAUCUUCCUCCGGUACAACCUCCCGUCGAACAACGACUACUCGUCCCUGAUGCCCCUCUUCGAAGAGUACAUCCGCCUCACCGAUACGCUGGUGGCGCACGGCAAGUUCCGAGGCGAGGUGAUGCGCAAGGUCAACAAGGUGCGGGACGAGACGAUCUCGCAGCUCCGCAAGGAGGCCGAGGCCAAGGAAGCCGAGGAGCGGACGCAGGAGCGCGAGAAGGCCAAGAAGGCCAAGCGCGACCAGGAGCUCGCGGCGCUCGACGCGAAGCAGCAGAAGAAGUACCUCGAGAAGGAGCGGGAGAAGGAGCAGCGGAGGAUGGCCAAGAAGCAGACCGUAAGGGCCUAGAAAAAAGGUGACUUGGGGGAAAAAGAAGAAGAAGAAAAAAGGGGGUGGGUUGCGGUUGCGGUUGCAGUCUCCUUUUUCAUCUUACCUUUCGACCGUCUUGUCUUAUUUCCCACCUUUUUUGUUGGUCUAUAUUUCCAGGCGAGCGUUGGCGGUCGGAUCUCUGUGUGGAUAGGCAAACAUGUGUUGUUCUGUAAUUGUAAGGGAGUCUCGGGAGAGGGUAUGGGUGUGGAAAAUGAAGCCAGGUGUCGGAGGGGGAUCAUAGGGCGAACUGAACUUGGAUUAAUCAUACAUCCAUUAAAAGAUGUGAGACCUUGACCGACAAGUGGGUGAGGAAUAUCAGUAGAUUUUCCUAGAGGACACAUGAACUACUGCCAAGUCAAAAAACUCGACUCCCAGAAUCACACAAUACGAUUCUCCUCCCCUCAUCAGCGCAGCUGCGCAGCUGACUGCUGUCACUUCGACUCCU